AUGGAGCAACGUGAAGACCACGCGGAUGGCGAAGUGAUCCAGACAGAUGCCGGGCUGAGAUUGGUGCAGCCUUGCCAAAGCGAAGAAAUGUGCCAAGAGCCCAUGGAGCAACGUGACCAGGCACCUGGCCAAGAGGUGAUCAAGGCGGAUGGUGGGCUAGAAUUAUAUCGGCGCAAUCUGGCGGAGGAUGGUAUCCUUGCCGAUGCACAGACGCCGAGUGAGGCAGGAACCAUGGCACGUCCGGAGAUGGAUCCCUGCCUUUGCGGGGCCCAGAUGCCAUCCACCGGCGAAGAGGAUCAAAUGGAUCAAAUGGAUGAAGUCAAGCUUGGAAUGUCAGCCGCAAACCCAGCGAUGCCGCCCGCCGCGACACCCGUCGUGUACCUGAUGAUGGGAAACCUUCAAAUGUUCCCCAUUCAAGGCUUUUUUAUGGUGGGGCAGAUGGAGCAGACGGCCAGUGUUAACCAGUUGGACGGAUGUCGUUGGUGUGGCUGGCAGUGCUGUUGCUGCAUUUGUGAGUGCUGCGGCUGUCAAUGGGACAGCUGUCAGUGCUAUCAACAUGAGAUGCUCAGCGGCACUUGGUGA